AUGUUGUUCAACUGCCAAUCUUUGCUUGUAGGGAUCUCCUUGAUCUCUCAAGCCCUUUCUGCACCACUUUUGGAGCCGAGGGCAACUGCUGCCACCGCUGCUUUCCCUGAUUUGCACCGUGCAGCACAGCUUUCUUCUGCUGUCUACACCGGUUGUAUCGGAAAGGCCUUCGAUGUCACUAUUACCAAGAGGAUUACUGACCUCCUGACCUCCACCAAUGGAUUCGUCGGAUACUCCACUGAGAAGAAGAAGAUCUCUGUCAUCUUGAGGGGCUCGACAACCAUCACCGACUUCGUGAAUGACAUUGACAUUGCUCUCGUCACUCCCUCAUUCUCGGGCGUGACUUUCCCUUCCGACGUGAAGAUCAUGAGAGGUAUUAACAGACCUUGGUCUGCUGUACACGAAACUAUCAUUGCUGAGGUCAAAUCGCUCAUCGCGAAGUACCCGGAUUACACUUUGGAGGCAGUCGGACAUUCCCUGGGUGGUGCUCUCACAUAUCUGGCCCACGUUGCACUGGCCCAGAACUUCCCGGAUAAGCAAAUCACCAGCAAUGCACUUGCUGCUUUCCCCAUCGGCAACGAAGCGUGGGCCAACUUUGCUGGUUCGCAGCCCGGUACUUUGAACCGUGGAAAUAACAUUCUUGACGGUGUUCCCAACAUGUACGUUAGCGGACUUGUCAACUUCAAGCACUAUGGAACCGAAUACUACAGCUCUGGCACGGAAGCCACCACCGUGAAAUGCGAUGGGCAGCGAGACCGGUCCUGCUCUGCCGGCAAUGGCAUGUACGCUGUCACUGUCGGUCACUUCUCGAGCUUUGGUGUUGUGAUGCUUACUGCUGGUUGCGGCUUGCUUUGA